UUUUAAGAUGUAUAUCGAUAUCGAUUAUUUUAUUAUUUGGAAAUUAUUUGAGAAAAAAUGUUGAAAGUGGUUGUGUAGUUCUUUCAUGAUAGUGAUAAAUUAGUUAUUAGAUUUAUAUAUUUUACUCGUAAUGAGUAUAAUUUCAUUUUGAGAUGUUUUUCCCUGAACUGCAGAAUGAAAUGGUUUCCAAGGCAAAAGAGGAGGUAAGUAGCCUGAGGCAUAUGAAUAAAGACUUGCUAAAGCAAGUAGAAGGACUCCAGAUUAAUAGGUUCAGUGAAGUUGAAGAGCUUGUAUAUCUUCGUUGGGUAAAUGCAUGCUUAAGGUAUGAGCUGAAGAAUUACCAGGCACCUCCUGGAAAAUUAUCAACCCGUGAUCUAAACACAAGUCUCAGCCCAAAAUCACAAGAGAAGGCUAAGCAGAUAAUGUUAGAAUAUGCCGGAUCAGAGCAUGGACAAGGAGAUACAGAUCUUGAUAGCUACUUCUCUCAUACCUCUUCACCAGGCAGUGAAGAUUUUGACAAUACUUCUUCCAUUGAUAGUUUUAUGAGUAAACAUAGUAGUGUUAGCAAGAAAACUAGUUUAAUCCAAAAGUUGAAGAAAUGGGGCAAAAGCAAAGAUGACUCAAGUGCUCUUUCAUCACCAGCCAGAUAUCUUUCAGGUGGCUCUCCUAGCAGGAUGAAUAUGAGUAGUAGACCUAGGGAUUCCCUGGAAUCGUUGAUGCAAAGGAAUGCUAGUGAUUCUGUAGCCAUCACUACCUUUGGACAGAAUGAUCAGGAACCUUCUAAUUCUCCUGAAACACUAGCUCUUCCUAGCAUAAGAAGAGUUUCAUCCUGUGAAUCUUUAAACUCUGUUGCAUCUUCAUUCCAAUUGAUGUCUAAGACAGUGGUUGGGCAUCUGGAUGGAAAAUAUCCUGCAUAUAAAGACCGCCAUAAAUUGGCCUCAGAAAGGGAAAAACAAAUUAAGGAAAAGGCUGAGAAAGCACGAGUGCAAAAGUUUGGUGACAAUUCAAAUUUGAAUAUGUCCAAGGCUGAAAGAGAGAGGACAGUGUCUUUGCCAUCAAAACUCACUCAAUUAAAGGAGAAGGCACAUGUCUGUGGUAGUUCAAAUGAUCAUCCUGACUAUGCUAAGAAUGGUGAUAGUCAAACCAUUAGCAAGAUGAACCUUGUCCACAUUGAGAAGAGGGCACCUAGGGUGCCUCAGACACCUCCUAAACCAUUUGGUGGUGCUCCCGUUUGUACAAAUUCAAAUUCUUCAAAUGUAGUAUCAUGCCCUCCAUCUGUGCCUCUUCCUCCUCCACCCCCACCAGCACCACCAGGUGGACCACUUCCCACUCCACUAGGAAACCUAUCACGAGGAGCAUUAGCUUCUGAUAAAGUUCACCGUUUUCCUGAGCUAGUUGAAUUUUAUCAGACACUGAUGAAACGAGAAGAAAAGAGUGAAACUUCAUCAUUAUUUUCGUCUACAACUAAUGCAUCUGAUGCUAGGAGCAACAUGAUCGGGGAGAUUGAGAACAGAUCAUCAUUCCUCUUAGCUGUGAAAGCCGAUGUGGAAACACAGGGCGACUUUGUCUUGUCCUUGGCAAAUGAAGUUCGAGCAGCCUCCUUCCAUAAGAUUGAAGAUCUGGUGGCUUUUGUGAAUUGGUUAGAUGGGGAGCUUUCCUUCUUGGUCGAUGAACGAACUGUUCUCAAGCAUUUUGAUUGGCCCGAAGGGAAAACUGAUGUGCUGAGGGAGGCAGCUUUUGAAUAUCAAGAUCUGAUGAAAUUGGAAAAGCAAGUCUCCACCUUCACCGAUGACCCCAAACAUUCAUGUGAUGUUGCUUUGCAGAAAAUGUACUCAUUGCUUGAAAAAGUGGAGCAAAGCGUAUAUGCAAUCUUACGGACAAGAGAUAUGGCUAUUUCGCGGUACAAAGAGUUUGGAAUACCAGUGACUUGGCUAUUAGAUACGGGAGUUAUGGGAAAGAUCAAGCUUUCCUCUGUGCAACUGGCAAACAAGUAUAUGAAACGUGUUGCAUCCGAACUUGAUAUAUUAUCUGGACCCGACAAGGAACCAAACAGAGAGUUUUUUAUUCUGCAAGGAGUACGUUUUGCGUUUCGUGUUCAUCAGUUUGCAGGAGGUUUUGAUACCGAGAGCAUGAAGGCUUUUGAAGAACUAAGAAGCCGCAGCAUCCAUGCUCCAACAGGUGAAGAUAGUAGUAGCCAGAAACAUAGAUAGAUGAUCAACAGAAGUUUUUUUUUUUUUCCACAAAUGUUAUUGGUUCUGUAAUGUGUGUUACCUCGUCAGCUGUAUAUGUCAUUCUUCUGCUUCGAUUUUCAUUCAAUGUGCUAAAUGCUAAUUUGACUCGGAAAAAAGCUAACUAAAUAAAAUGGUAAAUAUUUUUGUGUAA